AUGCGUCCGAGUCUGGGUGUCCUUGGAAUCCUCCUCAUUCAGAUGGUCUUCAACGACAUGAUCAGAGCCGCUGCCAUGAAAGCCACCGCAGACACCGCAUUUCGCCUGUUCGGCCUCGCUGCCGGAGCGACAGGCCGUAUCCUCGUCGGCCAGAGUAUCGCCGUCCAGCCUGAUGCCGGCGCGCACGACAAGGACACCCCUCGCGAGGCCUGGGGCCUCAAGUCCGGACUCUACACGCCCCGGCAACUGGUCGAAGCAUUUGCGCCGUUGUUGGACACGGUCGUUUUCCGUUUGGGUCCAGAUCCCCCCAACGCGAGACCGGCGCGGGCGCAGCUGCUCGAUAACCUGGCGGCCAAUCUCGAUACCAACACCAGGGAAGCCACGCUGCGCUUCCCUGACACCCAUCUCGAUGACUCGCGCCAGGAAAUCGCCGAGCAGGCAACACGCAUUGGCCGGACGCUCGUUCAAUACGCGCGCAACCACACGGACGGACCGUUCAAUUCCGACCUCUACCUUCGCAGCCCCUGUGAGGGCCACCUCCUCAUCCCGCCCAACGUCGAUCUCAUGUUCGGCCAGCGCAGCCAGCCACAUCUGAUGCAGCUGUUCAACGAGUACAUGCAUCAGAUGGUCCUUCUGCGGGACGCCCUGCUGCCGUUCAGGAACUACGAGGACGUGAUCAUCCCUGUCGACGGCCGCGCCGCUCGAGGCAUCCGACACCUCGAGCCAUCCCGGGCAGAGUUCCUCACCAACCUUCUGACCAAGCAGGUCACCCAAUCGGCAAUCUAUGCCCACGGUCUGGUCCUGCCCGCUUUCCUGGCCGGUGGACCGACUCCGUUCCAUCUUCUCCAGUAUAUCCCCGCCAAGCUGGUCCAUGACGCAACCGACGUCAUCUUCGACUACCGGAUCCAGGACUACUAUCUUGCGCCUCGUGCGGAGAUCCCCGCCGGCACCGAGAAAACCCCGGCGUGCGCCGCGGCCAACGGCGGGGCACCCGCACUCGGCGUCCAAAGCACCAGCAUCGCAGUCACCUCAUCGUCCGAUAUGGUUCGACAGCUGGAAUUGCAACUCCAGCUUGACAACGGCAAAUGCGUCUCCGUCGAUCAGGGGCAGGUCGCGCGCGGCCAUCGCUACGCCUAUCAGGCAUGCACGUCCAGCGACGCUGACUCCGAGUCUGCAACGUCAGCUACGUCCACCGUAGUUCACGACGCGGCAUCCAUCCUGGAGACCGGAGACGUAGACAGCCUCGUUACGGCUCAUGGCGGGCUGCACGUGAUUCCCGUGCACGACCCGGUGGUUGCUCUGGCGCUACUUGGGAAGAUCUACCCGGGGAACGUAAUCCUUCUGCCGAGGUCGGGUGGCCUAGCGCAGGCCGAGAAGGCGGGCAAGGGACUGGAGCCAAAGUUUGUGCUUUGGGGGGUGGAGCGUGGUGGUUUACGGGGGGAGGUUUACUUGACCUGGCUCUGUAGUGCACUAUGCAUAGCAAUGUAUUGA